AGCCCGCAGUUCAUUUGUGUGAGUUCGUUCGUCGCUUCCGUUUGACGGAUUUGUGCGACGUAAGCGGGUGUGUGCGAAAGUAUGAAGUGAAAUCGUAUAAAAAAAGUGUGUGUAAUGUUUAGUGUUAGUUUAAUUUGUGUUAAGAAUCCAAAAUGAGUGCGAACGGAUAGCUGUGAACUGAUUUUUUGUCUAGAAAACAAGUACGUUUGUGGUACACGUAACAUUUCGUAUGGACAGUUUCAAAAUGGCUGUGUUUUGAAGGACCCUUUGUCCGCUUUCGUGUGCUUCUUUCAGCAUGAUAGUGGGAUCGUACUGUCAGAAUAUUGACUUCAAGAGGUGAGAAAGGUCCUUGAUAAGUUUUAGUGCCUUCAGUGUACCUACGUGGAGUGGAAAAGUACUGGUUCCCGCCGAAGUGCGGUGUCGGUCGAUUGCUUUCUACGCAAGCGAUACGAACGAAACGCUCACUUGCGACGUGGAAUGCAUGUCAUGUACACGGAGCCGCCGGCGCAAUAUCGCAACAGUCAACCCCACACGCGCUCAGAUCAAAUUUGCGAGUCGCCCGCCCGCCACCAGCCUGCCAAGAAGCGUCGCGUGCUGACUCCAUCGCGCUCGCAUUGUCUGGACAACACCACCUACAAGAACAAGUGCUGGUCAGCCGUCGGGGGUGGCUGCUGCGCCGCGCCCGCCGUGCCGAGUCGCGCGUGCGAUGCGGAGCGGUCCCCGCCGGCCGCGCCGCCUCCCGCCCCGCCCGUGCACUGCGCCAGGCCGUGUUGCCGCGACGCUACUGUCGGAGAUAGCAACGAACAGCGACGGGCCCAAUUGGGGAGCGGCGCGGCGGGCGCGCGGCACAAGACGGCACCGCAGGCCGCAACGACGACGGCCCACAGCAAGCAGCUGGCGGCGGGCGGGGGCAACCACCCGCCCCAGCCGCAAGGUAACCACAAACGCUCCGGCUGCGGUGGCGAUGGCGACUACCAGCUGGUGCAGCAUGAGGUGCUCUACUCCUCGUCCAACAGGUACGAGGUGCUGGAGUUCCUCGGGCGAGGCACCUUCGGGCAGGUGGUGAAGUGCUGGAAGAAGGGCACCAACGAGAUAGUCGCCAUCAAGAUCCUCAAGAACCAUCCCAGCUAUGCUCGCCAAGGACAGAUCGAGGUGUCCAUCCUCUCCCGCUUGUCCCAAGAGUCCGCGGACGAGUUCAACUUCGUGCGCGCGUACGAGUGCUUCCAGCAUCGCUCGCACACGUGUCUCGUGUUCGAGAUGCUGGAACAGAACCUGUACGACUUCCUCAAGCAGAAUAAGUUCUCCCCGCUGCCGCUCAAGUACAUCCGGCCCAUACUGCAGCAGGUGCUCACGGCCCUGCUCAAACUCAAGCAACUGGGCCUGAUCCACGCGGACCUGAAACCGGAGAACAUAAUGCUGGUGGAGCCGGCGCGGCAGCCCUACAGGGUGAAGGUCAUUGACUUCGGCAGCGCCUCGCACGUCAGCAAGGCGGUCUGCAACACCUACCUGCAGAGCAGAUACUACAGAGCGCCAGAAAUAAUCCUCGGGCUAGCGUUCUGCGAAGCGAUAGACAUGUGGUCGCUGGGCUGCGUGGUGGCGGAGCUGUUCCUGGGCUGGCCGCUGUACCCGGGCUCCUCCGAGUACGACCAGAUCCGCUACAUCUCGCAGACGCAGGGGCUGCCCACCGAACACAUGCUCAACAGCGCGAGUAAAACAGCCAAGUUCUUCUACCGGGACGUGGACAGCACGUACCCGUUCUGGCGGCUGAAGACGCCCGAGGAGCACGAGCUCGAGACCGGCAUCAAGAGCAAGGAGGCCAGGAAGUACAUCUUCAACUGUCUGGACGACAUUGGACAGGUCAAUGUACCAACUGAUCUUGAAGGAGGCCAACUGUUGGCAGAGAAAGCAGACAGAAGGGAGUUCAUCGAUUUAUUGAAGAGAAUGCUUACGAUGGACCAAGAAAGGAGGAUAACUCCAGGAGAAGCAUUGAAUCAUGCGUUUGUAACGCUAGCGCAUCUAGUGGACUAUGCACACUGCAACAACGUCAAGGCUUCCGUGCAAAUGAUGGAGGUGUGUAGACGGUCCGGGUCAGGUGUGGGUGUGGGCGUGGGCGUGGGAGUGGGCGUGGGCGUGGGCGGCGGCGUGGCGGGCGUGGGCGCGGAGUACGUGGGCGGGGUUGUGGCGCCCGCAGCGCCCUCCGCACACCACCUGGCGCUCACCAUCAACCAGCAGCGACUGCGGGCCGCGCCCUACGACAACCUGUACCAACUGUACGGAGGCACCCGCGUGGCGGUGGGCGGCACGCGGCAGUAUUCGCGGGCAGCGGAGCCCUUCCCGCACCAGUUCGUGUCUUCUAUCCUGUGCCAGCCCUAUCAGGUGCAGCAGCUGGCGGCCGCCGCCGCCGCCGCCGCCGCACACCAGCACGCGCCACUCAUCGUGGAGCCGCUGCCUGACGACCUCCACCAUCCGCACCACGUCCACCACCACAACAAGAGGGUUGUCGACAGAUCAACAAAGCAGCAGACGGCCGCCGUGCCUCACUACCAGCCGCACCACCAAACGCAUCAAUACAGCAUGGCAAGCAGUGGUGGCAAGAAAGAGCCGACGCAGCUGUCGCCUGUGAAGAAGAGAGUGAAGGAAGGAACCCCACCAUCACGGCAUAGACAUUAUCAUCAUGAGCAUACGAGCGCAAUCCCACCGCCGCAGCCGGCGUGGGAGGGCUGCGUGGCGCCGGCGCCCCCGCCCCCCGCGCCCCCGGCGCCCCCGGCCCCCACAGCGCCCCCGCAGCCCACCAUCACCAUCCGCGACACCCCCUCCCCCGCCGUCUCCGUCAUCACCAUCUCCGACUCCGACGAUGAUGAGCACAGGCCGACGGCCAAUCAAAACGACACAGCUCCAGCCGCGAACGAGUGCGCAGCGUCGUCACAGCACCACAGCGCCGAAGCCGCCAACCCCGGACACAGCGGCCACAGCGGUCACAGCGGCCACAGCGCUCACGGCGGCGUGAUCUGCUCCGCGCGGUCGCCGCGCGACCACAGACACGUGAAGCACGAGCACCAGCCCUGCCACCAUCAUCACACGCAACAACAGCAAGCGGCGCCGCAGCAGCCGACCAGCAGCCACGUGGCGGCAGCGGCGCAGGCCACGCCUCAGAGCCAGAAGAAGAGAUUGCUGGCGCUGGCUCAGCAGGAGCAGGCCAAGCGUGAGCACGAGCACCACUACGUGCCGAGUGGAUCCACAGUGCGACAGGCGGCCGACUACCAGUGCAAUCAGUAUGUGCCCGUUCAGCACAAUAAAAGAGAUAGCAGCGGCGGUCGCGGCGAGUACUUGCCCAGCAGUGGGAUGGCGGGCGUGGGCGUGGGCGUGGGCGUGGGCGCGGUGGGGCUGAGCGCGGCGCCCCCCGCACACAAGCACCCGCACGCCUGGCACCACCAUCCGCACCCGCACUACAAGACGAGCAGCGGCGGAGUAUUGUCCCCAGGCGGGGGCGUGUCCCCUGGGUACUUGCCCCCUCCAUUAUAUGUCCCUACGUACCACUAUCACACCGGCGGCGUGGGCGGCGUGGCCGGACCCCCGCCCGCACACCACGCCAGCAGCGCGCGUCUCCCGCCCUAUCUGCAGACGUACUCGCCCACCUACCUCGUGCCGCAGCACCACCAGCAGCACCUCUGGUACACCGACUGAUGGCCCGACCUCUGUCCUCGCCUCGGCCUCGUGCCCACCUGAGGGUCACGCGGACGUCUCUGCCAUGUAACUCUGCUACUUUCCGAGGAAGUACUUUGAGCCAGAAGAAUGACUCGAUCUCUUCGUGUGUACCGGUAAUUUGGUACGGCGGAAGAAACAAAGAAAUUAGGACAGGAUUGCUCUUCGUACGACAUGCGAUCCUGGUGCUUCGGUCCGGCGAAAGGAGAUAUCGAAAUAAGAAUCGGCUGAAAAGCCCCUUCAAAUACCAUGCCACCACCCUGGUAAUUUGAGGCGGCUCAGGAAGAUUUAUUAUGCUAUUCGUUGAUUGUCAAACGUUCGAGCUAGAUUUCCACACCAUUCCUUAUAAAUAGCGCAGGCUUUUUGUACAUAUAUGAUAUGAAAUCACUGAAUCGUCGAAAAAAACGGCGAUUUUUAUUAUUGUAUUUCUUGAAUUUUGACUUUUUAGCACUCAGCGGCCCUUAUCGAUGAUCGGACGACCGGUUGCUAUCGAUUCGCUCAUUCGAUAAGGGCGCUCGAGUGCACGAGGAACCGGAAUUCGAUUCUAUAUCACACAGCAAUUUUUAAUUAAAUCUAUGACUAGUGUGUGUCCAAUGUUUUAGCGAGUUCCUUCUCUUAUUUGACCGAACGGUCUUGUAUUUAUAGUUAAUCGACUAUCUGUACAAAUAUUGUCGUUAGCGACUAUCUUAAUCGAUAUACCGAGAGUAUAUAUCUUAAUGAUCGAUGUUUUACAUAAUACGGGAUGUGUUUAAUCGUUUAUGUUCAUAAGUUCGAUCGAUUUUAGUAUUGCAUUAUUCGCGGGUCCUUACGCGUUAGGUUUUAAUGACAGUGUUUAUUUACGUGUAUUAUAUGGAUUGUAAAUUUCGCGUUAGUAUAAUUUUGCUGCAAAAGCGAUGCGAGUAGGCUGCAUUUACUAAUAUUUUAUCGUAGAAUAGUGUUUGUACCAAAUCUUUAUAUGGGGAUUUUGAGGGCCCGGCGCUUGUAUAGCCGCCGGGAAUCCAUUUUGUAUUUAGUUUUACGUGAUCGGUGAUUUUGUCAAUUAUUAUUUUGAUUUUAACUUUAGUGUAAUGGUUUGCUUUAGAUAUUGAGAGUAUUUUUUCUUGCGUUCCAUAUCAAGUAGUGUAGUUGUGUGGGUCGACCCAUUUAAUUAAACAAAUACAAACAUUUAUGCUGUGUUUAAUACCUAUAUUCAUGUAAUUUACGGGAUUUUUUACUAUGUAGAUAUUGUGUGUAGCAGCGGUGAUGGAUGCAUAGAUGUAGUUUUCAAAGUAUGUUAAACGAAAUAAAAAAUAUAUCAUAAGAAUUUUAUGAACAUUUAGUACACACUAAUAAAUAGUAAACGAGUGUAAUACAUGUAUAUUCACAUUUAGAUAGAUGGAGAAUUGUUAUUGAAAACUAAUUAUUAAAGUUUAUACAAAUUAAUGCAAUUAUUUUACGACUGCAAUUUAGUUUAAUUCGAUAGUAUGUGUAGUCGGCGCGUGGUCUAGCGGGCCACGGCAGGUUUCUGAGUUCCGAGUUAGCUGUGAGCGAGGCGCCCCGGUGCCACGACGCCCUGAAGCCCCGGCGCCCCGGGCCACUAGUAACAUGUAAGUCCUAUCGUACAAUUUUAUAGUCAUAUCAAAGAAACUCGGCAACAGAACCCGUAUUUUUCAUAACGGUCACGGGCGCCUCUCGUACUUAUGAUGUUCUUUAUCAUAAUUUUGCUUAACAGCAAACCUAGUUUGAAGUGACUUCUUUACGAUAUUCGCAUAUAAUCGACGCUCUAUCGAGACGCCACGACGCAGCAUUCAUUUAUUUGAAUAUAUAAAUAUAUUAAAUUUUUAACGAAUAAAAUUUACUUUUUUAUGACAAGACUAUGUAAUGUUAAUUUGAUUAUAUUUUUAGUGAAUUAGCUUUGCUGGUUGACAAUAAUCUUAUGUUUAGUUUUAAUGUCACAUACGGUUGUAGUAAUUAAUGGUAGUGCAUUGUAAUGAUUUUUACUCUAUGGUUUUAUCCGGAACAUAAAUGGCUAAACAUUGCAUAGAUUACGCUAACUCGUUUAAUAUUUUUUUUUUAGUAUUAAAGUUGGUUUUAUAGUGUGUUGUUUUACUUGUGCCUUAGUUCUAAAUAACUUGUUUACUCUUUACUUAGUUUUCUAUACGUGUAUCACUUGCGCUUGGUCCCUGCAAUGUUUAGUACACAUGCACCUACUAGCGAGACGCAGUAUUUUUGUAAUUAUUUUUUGAGAAAAUAGCUAAAAAAUAAAUUAACGCCAAUCAAUGAAUAUUUUGUCAUUUGUAAUGUUUAAAUGUGUUUUUCUGUAAAUUUGUGCAUAACGUGCUAUAUUUAGUGUAAUUAAUAGUGAAAUGUAAAUUAAUCUAAAUUAUUACGCAAUGAGGAAUCAAUUGAUGUAUAAUAAUGGAAUCGUGAUUGUUAUCUGCAUAAAGAAAGAAUUUUUUUGUGUUGUUCAAAAUGUCAUAUUUUUUGUAAAACCAUGAUUUACGUUGUGUAAUAAAACAUUGAAAAUCAAAUUAAUAUUUAAUAAUUGAUUUGUAGAAAAUUGCAAUAUACGUUGAAGUUUUGGAAUGGCAGAAUUUAAGUCCUCAAAUCGUCCAAUAAUUACAUGACAUGUAAAAUUUAUUACUUCGCGAUAGUGGAUGUUUGUUUUAAUUAUUUAAUGGAUACUACCUCCGCAACUAGGUGCAUGUACGGAUAUCAAAAAAAGUGCGAGAUUGCCCCCCGGGGCGUAGUUAUGAUCUCUUUCUGUGCGCCCCCACUACAACAAUUACCCCCACCCUUGUUUAAUUGCCGACCAAUCACUGCACACUUUUACCUACUUAUGUAGUUACGGGGUUUCAUUUUUAAGUGUAUUAACAAUGGAAUGUUAUAUUUUCUAUAUAAUUAUUAUUAUUACUUAAUCUUAGUUCGUAAACGUUCAUUAAGUUGGAGAUUUUUUUUGCCUUAACAAAUAUAGUGUAUAUGGGGCAUGUCUGGACUUAUCAGUCGUACAAUACAUCCGUUAUGCUUAUACUGUGAUCUACUCAUUAUUAUUAGUUGAAAACUGAUUGUAAAUUUUGGGUUGUUGCAAUAAAUUAUUGUGUAUAAAAUUGCAUUUUGAACACGGCAUGCCCGUAAAGCGCGAACGCGUAGCGACAAUAAUCAGAAUAAAUUGUAUUGAGCUAUUUAAUGUACAAAUACUCCAUAAUACGUGUGAUUUAGUCUGCUGGCAUAACAUGACAGAACACACAGUCUGUUGAAAGCGAUCAAGGUGAUCCAUGCAACGUAUCCUGGCUGUAUCGGAGUCUAUUACACUUAGUUCCAAAAUGUUUAUAAUUUGUUUUCCUAAAAGUAUAUUCGAUGGCCUAGUAUAUAAUAUUCAAUACCAAUAUAAUUCAGACUUCCAUCUCAUAAUUUCAAUAUGUAUUUCUAUAUCAAUGUCAAUAUGUUAUUAUUUUGAUUUAAUUUGUAUGAGAUUAAUUGUUCUCUUCUAUUGUGACUUGUAUGUGGCAAUUAGUAGUAAUAGCCUUGGUUAUCAAUGAAAAUAUUUGUUUACGAACUUGGUGUCGAAUUAUAAUAAUGUGCCCAGUGACACGUACAGUAAUCUACAAUAUAGUAUAAGCCUGUAUGUAUAUAAUUUCGCUGGUGACUAUUGAUCCGCAAUCAACAGGUUUUGUGCUCUGUGUGUAUUGUGUAUAUCUAUCAUAUUGUAACGUUCUGGCCUCCGCCAACCUUUUCUAUUGCAUAUUCCACUGUGAUUUUUAACUAUAUUAUUUUAUUCAUUAAUGAUCUUAUUAAUGGAAUACAGUCAUCAUAUGAUUGAUUUAUAAGUUUUUCUUGUAACUACCGUACCUUUUGGUACAAUUCGAGAACUAACUGUAGUACAUUAAUGGGUAUUUUAUGUUUUAAUAUAGCAUAGUGUCUUGUGUUAACACAAGUUAAAAUUAACACGUUUUAAAUUCGAUAUGUGGGUGAUCAGGGAUAAAGCACCGAUGUUGCUUAAGUUUUCUUUAAUGAUAAUCAAAUAUGUAGUUAUUAUUAGAGAGCAAAUUGUAAAUAAACAUCCAAAUAUCCCUUUU